AUGGCUGCCUCCCGCCCGGCGGGCCCUGCCGUGGGGCUGCUCCCGGGCCCGGGUAGCCAGGAGGCGGCGGCGGAGGCGGGCCGCGCGGAGGGCAAAGGGCUGGCCGUCCGCGGCCUCCUCUGGCUGGCCCUGACCCGGGAGCUGAAGCGGCCCGGCCCGGAGGCGCGGCGCCCGGGGGCGGAGGGCUCGGCCGAGCGCCGGCAGCGGGGGGAGCCCGGCGGCCAGCUGGCCCGCGACUACGUGGUGCCCUGCCUGGACCGCUACGGCCUCUGCGUGAAGGACGCCUUCCUCGGCGAGGCGCUGGGCGGGCAGGUCCUGGCGCAGGUGGAGGGGCUGCACCGCGGCGGCAAGUUCCGGGACGGGCAGCUGGUGCUUCGCAGAACGGUGCCCGCCCGCCGCAUCCGCGGGGACCAGGUGGCCUGGGUGGAGGGCCGGGAGCCCGGCUGCCGAGCCAUCGGCGCCCUCAUGGCCCGCCUGGACGAGCUCAUCCUGCAGUGCGCCGGGAAGCUGGGCGGCUACGAGAUCAACGGCCGGACGAAGGCCAUGGUGGCGUGUUACCCUGGCAACGGCCUGGGCUACGUGCGGCAUGUGGACAACCCCCAUGGAGACGGGCGCUGCGUCACCUGCAUCUAUUACCUAAACCGGAAGUGGGAUAGCAAGGUGCACGGGGGCCUCCUGCAGAUCUUCCCAGAGGGUCGCCCGGUGGUGGCCAACAUCGACCCCAUCUUUGACCGGCUGCUGAUCUUCUGGUCGGACCAGCGCAACCCGCACCAAGUGAAGCCAGCCUAUGCUACCAGGUAUGCCAUCACAGUCUGGUAUUUCGAUGCCAAGGAGCGGGCCAGAGCCAAGGAGGCGCACCAGCAGGCUUCUGCUCAGAAGGAAGGAGCCUCUUCUGGGAUAGGGACCGAUGGCCCCACCUGACGGAUGGAAGACCUUGCCGUGGGAACCUGACUGGCACGGCCCGCCCGUCGUUUGGCCAUCCCAGCUGCCUGUGGAUGCUGCCACUGCUGGACUGGGAUGCCCUAUGCAGGAAUGGGGUCUCGGGGGAGAGAGGGGCCCUGGGGUGCAAGGAGGCACCCUACAAGCCGGGAUGUGUGUCUUGCCCCUCCGGCGUGCAGCUGUGCUCUGGCCAGUCUGUAAACGCAGCUCCACUUUGCACAUGGGGCGUCCAUGGCUGCCCCCUCCUGCUGCUGCCUGCAUCGCCCAUUUGCGGACGAGGAGAGAGAGAAAGAGAGGAGCACAGUGCAAUAAAGAUACCUCAUUUGGAAA